AAAAUAUGUUUGUUGCUCACUGGAGUCGGCACGGCUGUCCGGAGCGCCAUGAAGAAGGAGGUUCAGCAGCUCCUGCUGGAGGCUAGGCUCAACUGCGUGAAGGUUUCCCAGGCAGCUGCAGACUUGAAACAGUUCUGUCUGCAGAAUGCCCAACAUGACCCUCUGCUGACCGGAGUGUCUUCAAGUACAAAUCCCUUCAGACCCCAGAAAGUCUGCUCCUUUUUGUAGUCAAAUAUCAUAAGGUUUCUCAAACCACUUUUCAUGAACCAGUGACUAUUCAAGAGAACUAAAUCCAAAGUCUGUACAAAAGCUCUGUAACACGUGCCAUAAUAUACAGUCUUCCAGUUGUCAGUUCUUAACAUCUACCUCUCUGAAUUUUCAUGGAUUUCUGUUUCACAAGGUUGAACUACUUUAUAUACACUGGCUGUAGCAUACAAUAAAACAGCAUACAAAAAUUAUUUUA